AUGUGUUCUCGGGUUUGGUUUGUGACCGACCGGCGUAUCCACCAGGAGUAUCCGCAAGUUCAGAUCCUUCGGGCUCUGAAACAGCGAUGCGCCGAGGAGGAUGUUGAAUUCCGCUCUCUUCUCAUGGACCAAAUCGUGCUCACCAUCAGCGAGGGACAAUUAGGCAAGUAUCACUAGAUUUGAAGUUGCACAUCUACUACCGUAAUACAAUAGUCAUCUAAUUUUUUCAACUGUUUUGAAUUGGGGUUUAAUCGUGUAUUGUUUUUGUCUAUGGUGGGGUGUAUUUCAGUGUAUUAUUAUAUAGCCACUAGCGAGCCUAGCAGUAGCAGGUAUUGUUCGGUACUGAAGCACACACACACAGCUUGCUAGCGCGAGCUGCUGGCUAGCUAGCUAACCGUGUGACGUGACCGCCUAAACCUUGGUAAAAUUAGUUAUAUUGGAUUUUUGGUUUUCUCUCGUCAAUAGCUAUUGAACCAAGCAUGCAAUGACUAUUAAAAUUGUAUAUUCUGAAUCAGGGAAGGAUGGAAAACAAUAUUUUAUUUUUUGAAUAAUAAUAAUAAAAAGUAAGUUUCAGAUUUCAAUCUUCAAUAGCUCUUAAACAAAGCUUAACAUUACUAUGAAAAUUAUAUAUUAUGUAUCAAGGGAGGAUGGAGAAAAAUGUGUUGAUGGUUCUCCAUCCUCCCCUGAUUCAGAAUAUACCAUUUUCAUAGUCAUGACAUGCUUGGUUCAAUAGCUGUUGACGAGUGAACCGAAUAUAAAAGAUCAAAACCGAAUAUCCAAUAUAAAACUAAUUUUACCUAGGUAUAGCUCCAACCCAUUUUCCAGACAGCCCCAAAUAGUCAGACGGAGAUACUCCAUGAUGCCAAGGCAAAAAAUUGCUACAUCGAAUAGCUACUUUAUUAUAUGCGUAGCUGGAAAAUAUUGUCCACAUUAUGUAGCCGUAUAAUAAUUAACAAGCUAGCUAACGGUAUGCUAUAUAGUUGUUGUGAACAGCGCAUCGCAAUACAAAGAGUGGCCAGCUAGUAGCUAACGUUAUUAGGUUAUGGGCUAUUCUUCAUGGGCCAGCACAGCUAUGCGCUACUCUAGCUUACAUUAAUUCAAUGGAAGUACAUAAGCUGUAGAAGAGGAUGUAGUGCAAUUUUAAUUGAUUUGAUUUGUAAUUAGCUAAGUGAAGUUUGUAGUGGGUUUAGCUAGCUAGAUUGUUUCAUUUUUAGCUUUUAGCUGUCUUCUCUUUCUGUCAUACACUUGAGUCAACACUAGUACAACAAUUGCUAAUAAAUAGGAGAAAUUGGGUUUCUCACGAGGCACUUGCAUGCAGGGACAACAGACACAGGCAUCAGAACAGACUUGAGCGCUGGUGGGACAAGUACAACAAUAGCUACUAUAAGAUUAUCACAUAUUAAUAUCCUUGGUUGCUUGAUUUGAAGAACAUGUGUUCCAAAUUGUGGAAUUUGGUAGUCAUGCGUGAGCUUGGGUAAGGGGGUUGCAUUUAGCUCAAUGAGGUGGCAGGCUGUUUUAUAGCACAUCUUACAUGAUGGCAUUGACUGGAGAGAGGGAGGGAGGGAGCAAGCUGACUCAGACCAGGAGGUGGGGAUGGAGCUUGCUCUUUGACAUGUGGCAGUAAGAUUGGGAACAGCUUCUGAAUCCAGAAGCCGCUUCCUCACGUGGGAUGGAGCACGUAAGAUCUAGAAACCAGUGUACUCUCCUCAUCCUCCACGUAGGCUACAUGUCGAAUGUGCUACUCUACAAUAGUUGAAAAUACUUAGCUUACGAAAUGACAUGGCUUACAAAAUGGUGGUAAAGUCAAAGCCAGUCAGACACCCACUUUAACAAUGGCCUACUUAGUAGAUAGCCUAGUCUUCAAUGCUGAAUAAUCUGUGAGAAACUCAGGAGGAAGGGAGGGUAGGACUAUUGGCCAAAGCCACAACUGGAGCACGGCUGUGUCCUGUGUGGGCUGCCCUCUUUUUUUCUCAUAGGGAGUCAUACAUGCUCAUGACAUGACAGGCCUUACAAUCCAUUGUAACUGCAUCAUAGUGCAUUAAGCCUAUACCUGCAGUGCUAUCUAAUAAACAGUAUGAAAUUACAGCAGGCUUGAAAUGGUUCAGUAUGUAUCAGCCCUGUAGUGUGUAAAUAACUUUAGUAGCAACAGACCAUGGGCAAAGUCCACUGUCAUAGCCUGUUCCAUGCAAAAGUGGUUAAUUGAUGCUCCAUGUCCUCUGAACAGGCUAUGUGCUAACUAGCUUGUCUGGAUUAUCAAAGAUGGACCUUCACGUAAGAGGCCAAACCCAGUGGUCAGCCAAAGGAAUCUCACAUCCCAUGAUUCAGAGAUACAGAGUUGUGCAAGAGGAACACAUGUUACGAAUCGACGCCGGAUUCUUUGGCCUUCCACGUAGAGGCGACACAAACACACUUUUCACCGCUAGAUGACAAAUAUAACACUUCCAUAAUAUUAUCGAAGGCAACAGGACACAGGAUCUCUCGAGCUAUGGCCAACUGAACACAGUGAUUUUCCACCGCCGCCAGUCAUAUGAUGUGAGACGCAUCAGUAAUAGACCAGGGGCUCAGUUCCCUAUCUUUCCUUAAUCAUAAUCUUGGCACCGGAACACUGAGGAAAGACACCCCAUUGACGAACCAUGCUGAUCCAUCAGUUUAAAGUUGUAUUGUCACAUGCACAGGAUACAGCAGGUGUUAAACAGUACAGUGAAAUGCUUACUUGCCAGUUCUUUCCAACAAUGCAGAAUAAAAGUAAUAAUAUAGUUAAUAAAAAUAAGAAAUACGAGAGAAGGAAACAGAAACACGAGAAUGCAAGUUAUAUACAAGUCAGUGCCAGUACCAUUAUUACAAUGUGCAGGGGUACUGGAGUGAUUGAGGUUGGUAUAUACAGUGGGGUCCAUAAUUAUCGGCACCCCUGAUAAAGAUGAGCAAAAAAGACUCUAUAAAAUAAAUAAUACAAAUACUGAGCUAUGUUGUUUGUUUAAAAUAAUGGGGAAAUUGUAUUAUUUUAUACUAAUAGAAUUGCUCAGAGAAAGAUCAUUUGUUUAACAAGUAAUUUAAAAAAUCUCAAAGAUAUGGGUCAAAAGUAUUGGCAACCUGUUUUCAUAACGACACUGAGCCUUUUUCUAAAAUGUUUUAUGAUAUUGAAGAACACAUUGGGAGGGAUCUUAGACCAUUCCUCCAUACAGAAUCCUUCCAGAUCCUUGAUAUCCUUCAUCUGCCCUCUUCAAUUCUUCACAGGUUUUCAAUGGGGUUCAUGUCCAGAGACUGAGAUGGCCAUUGCAAAAUGUUGAUUUUGUGGUCAAUUAACAAUUUCUUUGUUGAUUUUGAUUAGUGCUUGGUGUUAUUGUCUUGCUGGAAGAUCCACUUGCGGCCAAGUGUCAGAUUCCUGGAAGAGGUAACCAGGUUUUUGGCUAAAAUAUCCUGGCUAAGAUGCCACUGACCUUAACAAGGGCCCCAGGAUCAGUGGAAGCAAAAUAGCCCCGUAACAUCAAAGACGUUGACUAUAGCACCGGUUCCGAUCCAAGUGCCAAUGCCAUUUAUCAAACUCCAGGCGGUGCUAUGGUCAGAUGACAUGAAAAUAGAGCGCUUUGGCCACGCACACCAGUGGUGGGUUUGGCGUUGAAAAACUGAAGCAUAUGCAGAAAAGAACUCAUACCUACAUUAAAAUAUGGUGGUGCAUCUUUAAUGUAAUGGGGCUAUUUAGCUUCCACUGGGCCUUUGGCCCUUGUUAAAGAGUAACUAUCAUGAAAAAAAAGAUGUAAUAAUUGAUAAACAGAUGUUUUCGACUUAGUUAUAGUGAAACACUUAAAUUCUGUUCUUAAUUUUGACAGUUCGUUGCAAAAGUGAUAUAUUUUGGUCUUUUAGUAGUAAAUCUAGCUCUUUUUGCCCCUAGCGGUUCGACUCUACCAUUGAAAUAGUGAUGUAGAGGCAACUUGAGAAUGUUCUUCUACGUCAUCUCAAGGGAGGGGUUCGGUAUGAAAUACACUCCCUUCUAGAUGUGCUGGGUGGUACCACCUCAAGGCUUACUAUAAAAGCAGGUGACAGCUCGCCUUAUUUGGCAAUGGUCUUGGUAAGUGGAGUGUGGCAAUAAUAUAUACUGAACAAAAAUAUAAACGCAACAUGUAAAGUGUUGGUCCCAUGUUUCAUGAGCUGAAAUAAAAGAUCCCAGAAAUGUUCAAUACACACAAAAAGGUUAUUUCUCUCAAAUGUUGUGCACAAAUUUGUUUACAUCCCUGUUAGUGAGCAUUUCUCCUUUACCAGGAUAAUCCAUCCACCUGAAAGGUGUGGCAUAUCAAGAAGCUGAUUAAACAGCAUGAUCAUUACACAGGUGCACCUUGUGCUGGGGACAAUAAAAGGCUGCUUUAAAAUGUGCAGUUCUGUCACACAACACAAUGCAACAGAUGUCUCAAGUUUUGAGGGAGCGUGCAUUUGGCAUGCUGACUGCAGGAAUGUCCACCAGAGCUGUUGCUAGAGAAUGUAAUGUUCAUUUCUCUACCAUAAGCCGCCUCCAACGUCGUUUUAGAGAAUUUGGCAGUACGUCCAACCGGCCUCACAACCGCAGACCACGUGUAACCACGCCAGCCCAGGACCUCCACAUCGGUCUUCUUCACCUGCGGGAUCGUCUGAGACCAGCCACCUGGACAGUACUUUUGUGGGGAAAAGCUCAUUCUGAUUGGCUGGGCCUGGCUCCCCAGUGGGUGGGCCUAUGCCCUCCCAGGCCCACCCAUGGCUGCACUCCUGCACAGUCAUAUGAAAUCCAUAGAUUAGGGCCUAAUGAAUUUAUUUCAAUUGACUGAUUUCCUUAUAUGAACUGUAACUAAGUAAAAUCGGUGAAAUUGUUGCAUGUUGUUUAUAAUUUUGUUCAGUAUAUUUUGCAUGAUGCUUGAUUAGACUACUGACGUUACACAAAAUUCAAAAGGCAGUAAGGCAUAUUCCCGCAUAUGACCAAAUUCAAUGUUUUUGCUUACCGUUUCAUACACAUCUAUGUGCUUUUACAAAAAAAAAAAAAAACACGUAGGCUAUCAGGAAUAUGCAUUUAUAUUAAUCAUACAAAUAAAUAGAUGACAAUGGUGGUCAUGUCAACCUGUUGUCUUUUUUCCCCAACUGCAAUGACUGGUGGUGCAGUCUGUUAAGACAGUUGGCUCAUAGUUCAAUGGUUGUGAGUUCUAAUCCCACAUGGGCAGAUAUAUAUUUUUCUUCUUCUUCAAAUCCUUUAUUUACAAUAUUCAUCCCGUGCCUACACACUUCUAAUUCUGAAAAUUGAAAGCAUACCUGUGAGAGGGGUCACCCUGGUAGUACAGUAGUUGUAGGUUUGAUACAGUACCCAAGACCAAUCUGAGUUAAUUUGACCAUUAGAAAAAGAGCCACUGUAGCGAGCUGUGUCACGACAACUCAUUUGCAAAUUGGAGUGGGUCCAAGGUGUCUUGGAUGAUGGAGUUGAUGUGUGCCAUUGACCAGCCUUUCAAAGCACUUCAUGAUUAAAGAUGUGAGUGCUACAGGGCGGUAGUCAUUGUGGCAGGUUGCCUUAGAGUUUUUGAGAACAGGAAGGAUGGUAGUCCGGUUGAAACAUGUGGGGAUUACAGACUGGACAAGGAGCGGUUGAAAACGUCUGUGAAGACGCCUGCCAGCUGGUCUGCACAUUCCGUGAUGACGCACCCUAGAAUUCCGUCUGGCCCUGCGGCCUUACGUGUGUUAACUCGUUUAAAAGACUUAGGUCUACUCACGUUGGCUUCAGAGAGAGCGAGGUCCUCCGGAACAGCGGGGUGUAUGUAUAUACUGAACAAAAAUAUAAACGCAACAUGUAAAGUGUUGGUCCCAUGUUUCAUGAGCUGAAGUAAAAGAUCACAGAAAUGUUCCAUAUGCACAAAAAGCUUAUUUCUCUCAAAUGUUGUGCACAAAUUUGUUUACAUCCCUUUUAGUGAGCAUUUCUCCUUUGCCAAGAUAAUCCAUCCACAUGACUGGUGUGGCAUAUCAAGAAGCUGGUUAAACAGCAUGGUUAUAGAGCCUCCCGAGUGGCGCAGCGGUCUAAGGCACUGUAUCGCAGUGCUAGAGGCGUCACUACAGAUCCGGGUUCUCCCGGCUGCGACCAGGAGACCCAUGAGGCGGCGCACAAUUGGCCCAGCGUCGUCCGGGUUAGGGGAGGGUUUGGCCGGCUGGGAUGUCCUUGUCCCAUCGCGCUCUAGAGACUCCUUGUGGCAGCCGGGCGCAUGCAUGCUGGCUUCGGUCGCCAGCUGUACAGUGUUUCCUCCGACACAUUGGUGCGGCUGGCUUCCGGGUUAAGCAAGCCGUGUGUCAAGAAGCAGUGCGGCUUGGCGGAGUCGUGUUUCGGACGACGCAUGACUCUCGACCUUCGUCUCUCCCGAGUCCGUACAGGAGUUGCGGUGAUGGGACAAAACUGUAACUACCAAUUGGGGAGAAAAGGGGGUAAAAAGUACCACAAAAACAAAACAGCAUGGUCAUUACACAGGUGCAGCUUUGCUGGGCACAAUAAUAGGCCACUCUAAAAUGUGCCGUUUUCUCACACAACACAAUGCCACAGAUGUCUCAAGUUUUGAGGGAGUGUGAAAUUGGCAUGCUUACUGCAGGAAUGUCCACCAGAGCUGUUGUCAGAGAACUGAAUGUAAAUGUUUCUACCAUAAACCGCCUCCAACGUCGUUUUAGAGAAAUCCAUUUAAAUUGACUGAUUUCCUUAUAUGAACUGUAACUCAGUAAUCUUUGAAAUUGUGCAUUUUGCUUUUAUAUUUUUUCCCGGUGUAAAUACCUCUGCUUUUGACAAGGUCGUUUUAGCUCAAACUAAAAUCAUUUAACCAAAUGGGAGAAAUAGGCAUAGCUUAGGCUAUUUCCCAGGACAUUGUCAGCUGUAAGAUGUUGUAUUCAAUGAAGGACACGUGCCUUGGAAAUGGUAAAGAGCAAAGUGAGCAAACACCAAGUGGUCUGAAGGAUAUAUAUUUUUAGAAGUCAGUGUAGCAUUUCACCUUUUGUUGUUAGCCUACGGCUGAAGUUGAAUGGAGAAUUCACUUGUCUCCCAAUAUAAUGUCAGCAUUACACAGGGAUUGACAUUAAGGGUUGCCCUAUUGCCUGGGGCCAUUGAACUGAGCAGUCGCGCAAGUUGAUCUUGCUCUGAGGUUGCCCCAUUGGGGAGGUGAUUUUGUAUUAUUUUUUUAAAGUGAAAACAACCAAACUAUAAAGAAUUCCAGUAGCCUCCCACUGGGCACAAACGUCUAUUCCACGUUGGUUCAACUUAAUUUCAUUGUAAUGACGUGGAAACAACAUUGAUUCAACCAGUGUGUGCCCAGUGGGCUGAAACUGAUCUUUGUGGUCCUCCCCAUUAAGUGAAAGACAGAAAAUGUAUGGCAGUAGGGCAAGUUGAGCCUGCCCUGAGAAUGUUUUGAUAACAACCAAAAUACAAAGAAUUUCAGUACUGAUCUUUCUAAUUCAUUCCCUAUGUGUACGUGAAAGGCAGGCAGCAAUAUAUGGCACCUAAAUAUGCGUCUAAAUAACUAAUGUUCAUUUUCGGGCAACCAAAAACUACUCCCGACUUGCCCAAUGGGCAAGUGCCGUUUAGACGUUAAUGUGAAAAUCCCAGCUGGCACAGGGUGUUUCUGUGUGUGUGUGUGUGUGUGUGUGUGUGUAUAUCCACUGCAUUUUAUGUGUGUGACUUUGUGUAUCGCUGCAUGUGUCUGUAUUAUCAGUAGACAAACCAGACCAGUGUCCAGUCCAGCCAGCCAGCCACCCUCUCCCCAGAGGAAGUGGUGCCCGCCUUGCAGGGGCUGCGUCCAGGGUUGGCAAGGCCCACCGAGCGUUGGCAUGUGUCAGCCCAGCCGUAUUGUGACGUCACGACAGAAUGCACAGAAUGCCAGAGCUGAUGGGAGUCCCCCACUCAGCAGUUAUGGAGCCAGUCAGUCCUGUCUGGCACAAUGAAAAUAACACACAGUUCAACGGCCUGUGAGGAUGGAAGGCCCGGCCCACUGAAAGACGACUGACAGAUCAGAUGGUCGUAAACGUCAUUUUUUCACUAGAAACUAGUAACACACUACUAUGCCUGGAUGGUCUUUCUGACAAGAGGACUAGAAGGUUUAUUUAACUUUUCUAAAUGAUCACAUGGCUGGCUAACAGUACUAUAAGUGCACCCACUCGCCCCAAAUGAAUGAACGGAUUCAUUGGGGUUUUCCAUGUGCUCUGUGUAGUUCCCUUGGAAACCGAGACAAGUGAUGUGGACACCGAAUACUGUCUUGGCCGGGGUCCUUUAAUACUUAAUUGUAGCAUGGCUUGCUCAACGGCUGCACAAUCAAAAGUGUGAAUGGGGAGAAAAGGGUGUGUUUAUGCAGUGAUGUGAAUUAUCCCCCGAUUGAAUACUGAGAAUGAGGGGAGGGGUGACGGGCAGGGCUAUUCCUCAACAAACGCUUUCCACUUCUCAGAGUCAUCCCCGCCACACACUCACACACUUCUCCCCACCACACCUGCAGUCCUUUAUGCAUACAUCUCCAGCCUUUUCCAUUUUUCAUUUCACUGACCAUAGUUUGAACCAAAAAUGACCUAUAUCCUUCCUUCUCUCUGUGCGCUCCUUUCAGCAUCAGGAGGCAGUAUUUGAGAAGCCCGUCACCUAUUUGUUUGUGUGCCUCAGACACUGCGACCUCUGUCGAUCCAGCGUUGACGCUGUCGCUUUGGUGAGUGGAGAUCUUAAGAUGGCUGAAAAGCAGGUCACAGUGGAGUGAAGAGUGCUGCGUCAGUGACAAGCCUCUCUCCUCCCUCCCUCCCUCCUCUCUUCCCCCGCUCCACCUCGUGUACCAUCAUCACCCCAUCUGCCUCUCCUUAUUGUUCUUCUUCCGGAAUUAAAAUGGCUGGUAGUAGGCCAAAAUGGACUGUUAGUUGCCAGUUCAAAUCUCACAGUGAGUAACUUCGGGCACAAUAAAACGUUCAAACACGCAAACUAUCAAAUUAUUAUUUUACAAUAUGUUUGUACACAAUCUAUAGAUAGGCUAUGUCUUGUAUACUUUCUCAAAAAUGUGUUUGAGGAUCAUUCAGAGAAUAGGUGCUGGUGGUGCCACUUGCAUGCAUGAUUGUUGAAAUCUCGUAUGUGUAUUUAGGUUCAGUCUCCCCUAUUUGUGCUGAUACCUUCCUAUAUUGGGAGCAUGCAAUGAACUGUAAGCUGUAUUAAGUACACUGCUGGGGAUCGGUGCUCCUCCAGGGGCGAUGAAUCUUGGCCCUGGGGCCAGAGAAGUUGGCAGUGCCACUGGGGAGCAUGUGGAUGUGGGCAGGGUGUGAUGUGGGUGAGCGAUGCAGGCAGGACCCAGUCCAGAUGAUGCUAUUACACCACUAGGCUACCCUACCUGGACCCACGCCUCUGUUACUCACAGCCAGCUCAGAGCUCGCGCAUCCAGAGCAGCUCGAUAAUGACGAGCUGCGUAGACAAACACAGUAGUAUCAGGCCUACGUUUGGUGCAGUGGGAACAGAUUUAUGGGUGUGGCCUGAAUGUUCCAAACGGGCAUGGGCUACUGUUCUGUGAUACAGAUAAAGCCAAGCCACUGUCGCUACCUGAGUUGCUCAGAAAAAUGUUGAUAUCAAUUAAAUGUGUUGUUUCAGUUGGCAUUCAUGAGUGAAAGUGUAGCCUGCAUUUCCGUAUCUGUAGAAGAUUGUGAAACCUGUCUAUAUGAUCAAUCAUUGCCAAAGCUGUCUAUAUGAAACUAUGUGAAAUGUGACAUUGGGAAUAUUUUAAGAUCGAGGCCUCUCUUUUGUGUCUCUCCCUCACUCCUUUCAUCCACAGGUCUGCGGGUGGAGCAGGAGGUGGUGACGUCCUACCCUCAGGUGGCGGUGGUGCGGGUGCCCACCCCCUGGGUGCAGUCGGACAGCGACAUCACGGUUCUGCGCCACCUGGAGAAGAUGGGCUGCAGGCUGGUCAACCGGCCCCAGGCCAUCCUCAAUUGCGUCAAUAAGUUCUGGACCUUCCAGGAGCUGGCCGGCCACGGGGUCCCCCUCCCGGACACCUUCUCCUACGGUGAGCUCAGAAGCUUGGUCAUAUUAUUUCUGAUUCCUGAGUUUAGAAAACCCAUAAUCCCUUGACUUUUUAUGUUGUGUUGAUUACAUCCUUGAUAAUAAUGAUUUGCUGAAAUGUAUUUCUGUAACUGAAAUUGGAUAACUACACUGAACAAAAACAUAAACGCAACAUGUAAAGUGUUGGUCACGUUUCGUGAGCUGAAAUAAAAGCAUAAGCACAAAAAGCUUAUUUCUCUAAAAUGUUGUGUACAAAUCUGUUUACAUUUCUCCUUUGCCAAGAUAAUCCAUCCACCUGACAGGUGUGCCAUAUCAAGAAGCUGAUUAAACAGCAUGAUCAUUACACAGGUGCACCUUGUGCUGGGGACAAUAAAAGGCCUCUCUAAAAUGUACAGUUUUGUCACACAACACAAUGCCACAGAUGUCUCAAGUUUUGAGGGAGUGUGCAAUUAGCAUGCUGGCUGCAGGAAUGUCCACCAGAGCUGUUGCCAGAUAAUUGAAUGUUAAUUUAUCUACCAUAAACUGCCUCGAACAUCAUUUUAGAGAAUUUGGCAAUACAUCCAACUGUCCUCAGACCGCAGACUACAUGUAUGGCGCCGUGUGGGCGAGCAGUUUACUGAUGUCAACGUUGUGAACAGAGUGCCCCAUGGUGGCAGUGGGGUUAUGGUAUGGGCAGGCAUAUGCUACGGACAACAAACACAAUUGCAUUUUAUCAAUGGCCAUUUGAAUGCACAGAGACACCGUGACGAGAUCCUGUGGCCCAUUUAUCGUGCCAUUCAUCCGCCGCCAUCACCUCAUAAUAUAAUAUAUAAUAAUAUAUAAUAAUAUAAUAAAUAUAAUAAAUCAUGUUUCAGCAUGAUAAUGCACGGCCCCAUGUCGCAAGGAUCUGUACACAAUUCCUGGAAGCUGAAAAUGUCCCAGUUAUUCCAUGGACAGCAUAUUCACCAGAAAGUGCAUUCGGAAAGUAUUCAGACCCCUUGACUUUUUCCACAUUUUGUUAUUUUACAGCCUUAUUCUAAAAUUGAUUAAAUCGUUUUUUUCCCUCAUCAAAACAGGUUUUUACACAUUUACACAAAAAACAGAAUUAUCACAUUUACAUAAGUAUUCAGACCCUUUACACAGUACUUUCAUUGAAGCACCUUUGGCAGCGAUUACAGCCACGACUCUUCUUGGGUGUGACGCUACAAGAUUGGCACACCUGUAUUUGGGGAGUUUCUCCCAUUCUUCUCUGCAGAUCCUAUCAAGCUCUGUCAGGUUGGAUGGGGAGCGUCACUGCACAGCUAUUUUCAGGUCUCUUCAGAGAUGUUCGAUCGGGUUCAAGUCGGGCUCUGGCUGGGCCACUCAAGGACAUUCAGAGACUUGUCCCGAAGCCACUCCUGCAUUGUCUUGGCUGUGUGCUUAGGGUUGUAGUCCUGUUGGAAGGUGAACCUUCGCCCCACUCUGAGGUCUUGAGCACUCUGGAUCAGGUUUUCAUCAAGGAUCUCUCUGUACUUUGCUCCGUUAAUCUUUCCCUCGAUCCUGACUAGUCUCCCAGUCCCUGCCACUGAAAAACAUCCCCACAGCAUGAUGUUGCCACCACCAUGCUUCACCGUAGGGAUGGUGCCAGGUUUCCUCCAGACGUGACGCUUGGCAUUCAGACCAAAAGUUAAAUCUUGGUUUCAUCAGACCAGAGAAUCUUGUUUCUCAUGGUCUGAGAGUCCUUUAGGUGCCUUUUGGCAAACUCCAAGCGGGCUGUCAUGUGCCUUUUACUAAGGAGUGGCUUCCGUCUGGCCAUUCUACCAUAAAGGCCUGAUUGGUGGAGUGCUGCAGAGAUGGUUGUCCUUCUGGAAUGUUCUCCCAUCUCCAUAGAGGAAUUCUGGAACUCUGUCAGAGUGACCAUCGGGUUCUUGGUCACCUCCCUGACCAAGGUCCUUCUCCCCCGAUUGCUCAGUUUGGCUGGGCAGCCAGCUCUGGGAAGAUUCUUGGUGGUUACAAACUUCUUCCAUUUAAGAAUGAUGGAGGCCACUGUGUUCUUGGGGACCUUCAAUGCUGCAGGAAUGUUUUGGUACCCUUCCCCAGAUCUGUGCCUCGACACAAUCCUGUCUCGGAGCUCUACGGACAAUUCCUUUGAUCUCAUGGCUUGGUUUUUGCUCUGACAUGCACUGUCAACUGUGGGACCUUAUAUAGACAGGUGUGUUCCUUUCCAAAUCAUGUCCAAUCAAUUGAAUUUACCACAGGUGGACUCCAAAUAAGUUGUAGAAACAUCUCAAGAAUGAUAAAUGGAAACAGGAUGCACCUGAGCUCAAUUUUGAGUCUCUUAGCAAAGGGUCUGAAUACUUAUGGAAAUAAGGUAUUUCUGUUUUUUAUUUGUAAUAAAAAUAAACUGUUUUCGCUUUGUCAUUAUGGGUUAUUGUGUGUAGAUUGGAGUGAUUUUUUUAAACUCUAUUUUAGAAUAAGGCUGUAACGUAACAAAAUGUGGAAAAAGGGAAGGGGUCUGAGUACUUUCCGAAUGCACUGUAUGUCACCCAUUGAGCAUGUUUGGGAUGCUCUGGAUUGAUGAGUAUGACAGCGUGUUCCAGUUCCCGCCAAUAUCCAGCAACUUCGUACAGCGCUGCAUGAGGCAAAUGGUGGUCACACCAAAUACUGACUGGUUUUCUGAUCCACGCCCCUACCUUUUUUUUAAAGGAAUCUGGGACCAACAGAUGCAUAUCCCUAUUCCCAGUCAUCUAAAAUCCAUAGAUUAGGGCCUAAUGAAUUUAGUUCAAUUUACUGAUUUUCCUUAUAUGAACUGUAACUCAGUAAAAUCUUUGAAAUUGUUGCAUGUUGCGUUUUUAUAUUUUUGUUCAGUAUAUUUAGUUAUGUACAGUUAAUUAGCUACCGCACCACUCCUUUCUGUUUCUGGCUAUCAAUGCAGGGGCAGGAAAUCAACAGGUACAGUAUCUUUGUUCAAGUCAGUACCCACCCACACUUAAGACAGCUUGUAUUUAAUUACAAUACCACUAAUAAAAAAGUCAGUAACCAACAACACAGAAGAAAAUAUAUAAUUACAGAGGAGUAAGGAGUCGACUCAAGGAAUCUUAGACAGUUUGUCCAAGUUCAGUUGUUUAAUUAAUCGCGAUGGAAGGGUUGCGCUUCAACCAACACCAUGCAAGUUUGAGGUUUUUACAUGGCUUUUAUACUGUCACAUAAUGCACUUCUGAUUGGUCGGUACAGAACUACCCAUACUUCAAAUAUGGCAUUAACAUGAGGUUAACAGAGAGCUGAAAAUAAAUGGUUCAAACGGGUCAACAACUCAAGUUUACCCUCCAGGAGAAUGUGUCUUGGUCAGCAACCUUACUGCCCAGAAUAGGCAGAGCUCUCUUUCAGAAGAAUUCCUCAGCGGAGUGGCCCUUUCUCGCACAGACAUCUGACCACAAGUGAAGGGUUAAAACACACACACAUUAUCUGACACACACAGUACUUGAGAUCUCUAUAUGGAUAUAUAUUGGACUAUAAUAACUAAGGAUAUAUUGCUCCAAAUCUCGAUCUACAACAUUAUCACAGAUCAAAUGUCCUUACACUAUACUGCAGAUUGUACAUAAAGCGGAAAAUCAAAGCACGGCUGCUCUCUUUGUUCUUGGAGUGAGGGCAGUGAUAAUGAAUUGGGUGCAUCCUUGUAUCGGAGAUAUGCCUUGCAGAGAAUGAUUAGCCAAGCAAGCUUUUUAAAUGCACUUGAGUUGGUCUGAGUGUAGAUGUAGUCUAGACAUAGUCAUGACAAGCGGAUCUACAAUCAGGAUUAACCUAAAAAGUCACCUGAUAGUUGCCCUUCAGAAUCAAAACAGAAAGAGCAUCCCCUCUAUCAUCAUCCCUUUCUCCAACACCAAUAGUCUGUGUCAUUUUGGGGUAUUUGUCACAUUUUCCAUGGAAUUUCUUCCUUCUUUACGUUGGACAAAGCAGGAUGUGGAAGAAUACAGGCAGGCAACGGGGCCUGUACGCCCUAAGCCAAAACCACACACUCGCUGUGUUUUUGUUUUGUUGUAAGACUACACCAAAGCUGACAGACACUGUGUAUUUUGAUAUUUGUUUUGCCACUGCAAAAAUCGAAUGCCGUGUGUUUUGGUGAGGGCAGCAGGGAUAAUCCCGAAUAGCACUCAGACUACAGAGGCCAGGCGGUGCAGGGAAGCUGGAGCGCUUAUGUAAUGCGCCCCUCCACCCUCAUGACUGAAAAUAAAAGAGACCUCCCCCUGCCCCUCCCCUCCUCUGGCUCUCCCCCAGCCGCAGCAGCCAGUAACAUGGUAGAACUGAGCUUGAAAUGUUAUGUGCUGCUCUCUCUCUCUCUUUCUGUCUCCGUCUCCCAUUCUCACAGCAGUGUGGACGUGUGCUUUUUGAAAAAGGCAUGUGCGGGGCAGCUCACAUCUGGUUCUCUUUUAAAACGGCAGACCAGAGACAGAGAGCACAGAAAAAAUCUAAAUGAUCCUGUGUUUCCUUCUUGCUCAAAUUUCAGUGUUCAAUAUUCCAAACAGUCCCAGACAGAGCAAACUGAAGCAGAGCUCUCUCUCUCUCCAGAUGACGUUUAAAUGUCAACAAUGUUCUUAAUGGUCAAUUGUAUUAGAAGUAUUAUCAGAUAUAGUCAUAUGAAAAGUCAGAGACGUUAAAAUGGCCGAGUAUUAACACAGAAUGACAUACCCACAGCAAUCCUCAUCCAAUGGCAAUCAUUCCUUAUCAGCCAUGAGUCAUCUUUAAGGCCCAAUCCAUUCUGAGGGACUCACAGCAUCCCUUGUUUGAUGAAUUUAUGUUGCUUCCCUCAGAGGGCAGAUACAGGCUCUCCAAGUUUUAAAACGAAUAGGUCUAAAAUCUCCUUCAUGCCAGCUGCUAUCAGCUUUCUCAAUAAGCUCUAGUAGUACUGUUAGUGGUAUAUUAGUACAGUUUUGGUGUAUAUUAUUGUAAUGUGUUCAAUGUGUUUUUACUAUGUGCUGCAAAAUCAAUUGCCACCCUGUGAUAAUAAAGACUACACUACUCUACUCCUUGCUUCACAAGUCACAACAUGGUUUCUAUAGCAACAACCCCCAGUUCUCACAGUCAAAUGACUGAGGUACACAGAGGGUUAAUAGAGAGGGUUUGAUCAUUGGACAAAUUGUAACGUGUGUGUGUGUGUCUUGUGUGUUUCAUAGGAGGACAUGAGAACUUCCGCAAGAUGAUCGACGAGGCGGAACCACUGGGCUACCCCGUGGUGGUGAAGAACACUCGUGGUCACAGAGGUCAGUCUGACUGCGACCAUCCCUCCCCUCACCUCUCUCAUUGCUGUCUCUUUACAGCCCAGGCCUCUGGGUUUAUGCAAACAUGUCUCUCGAAUCCUCUUCCACCAUUAUAUGCGUCAUGGCCAAUGGCACCUCGGUUCACCUAUAUAAGGAAUUCAACAAAGGGGUGCUAAUUGAUUGAGGAAAGCACCAAGUAUGAAUCUUUGACAGCUUAUUUAAACCCAUAUUUAUCACGUUCCCUUUCGUUUUCAUAUUUUCCCCUCAUUUAUAGUAGGAUUGCCAGAGACCUUUUUUAGAACCCUACAAUUUUGGAAAGAGAUUGUUCUCGGGCUAUUCCACAGAGCCUUACCGGCCCAUCAACCUAUCUAUUCAUAGUCAUUGACACUUUAGUUGGUCUCUCAGUUUGUCGUCCAUUGUCUGUAUGGAUAAUAGACUUUGGGUAGCGACAGGGCAUAGACUAUCAAGACAGGGCAUUGUUAAGGAAAGUGACCAUUGGUGGAUAUCAGCCAAUGAGCCAUUUCUUGAGCAUUUAACAUGACUUAAGAUCCAGCUACCUAGCCAAUAGCAAUGCCAACAGGGGCAGAGUCGUUCCUUCUUUUCUCACAUGUAAAGCUAAGUGGUCCUCUUUGUUGAGUGUAGACUCUACAUUUAAUUUGGUUGGCUGGUUGACACUGGUUUUUAGUGGGUGUCCACACUCUAUCUCUCAUUGGACAGCUGUCUUGCCCCUGUUCCAUGGGGCCUUGCUAUGUCCUGUUGUUUGAUCUCAGCCAUGAGGUAUCAUGGCUAUCAUUCUGUGUCGUCUGCAUACUGUAAGCAACGCAACCUAUUAGAAUAUCUCUACACACACAUUUUUACAUUUACAUUUUAGUCAUUUAGCAGACGCUCUUAUCCAGAGCGACUUACAGUUAGUGAAUAGAUCUUUUUUUUAUACUGGCCCCCCGUGGGAAUCAAACCCACAACCCUGGCGUUGCAAACGCCAUGCUCUAUCAACUGAGCUACAUCCCUGCCGGCCAUUCCCUCCCCUACCCUGGACGACGCUGGGCCAAUUGUGCGCCGCCCAUGAGUCUCCCGGUCGCGGCCGGCUGCGACAGAGCCUGGAUUCGAACCAGGAUCUCUAGUGGCACAGUUAACACUGCGAUGCAGUGCCUUAGACCACACCCCACCACACUCACAUGUGCCUCUCAUGGGUCUCCCUCCCUGGUCCCUUAGUCAACGCUGACCUGUGUUGGGGUCAGAGGACAUGCCACUGAGCACGAGGACAGAGUAUGCACUAAUUAAAAUGGGCCCUGGCAUUUUUGCUAGCCAGUGCGAGAGGCAUUCUGCUCUCCCCACCAUGGCUUCUCAGUUAGUGUCCUGAGUGUCUCGAAAGAUUACUCAAUUUCAAUUGUUACAUGGCAGUCCAGGUGAGAGGUGUCAGCAUUCACACUAUCACUGUCAGCUUCAGAAAAAUACUGAAAGUACGUACACUGUGUUCAGAAAGUAUUCACACCCCUUGACUAUUUCCACAUUUUGUUGUUACAGCCUGAAUUUAAAAUGGAUUAAAAUGCCUACACAAUGUCAAAGUGGAAUUAUGUUUUUCUACAUUUUUACAAAUUUAUUAAAAAUUAAAUGCUGAAAUGUCUUGAGUCAAUAAGUAUUCAGCCCCUUUGUUAUGGCAAGCCUAAAUAAGUUCAGGAGUAAAAAUCUGCUUAACAAGUCACAUAAUAAGUUGCAAGGACUCACUCUGUAAUAAUAGUGUUUAACAUGAUUUUUGAAUGACUAUCUCAUCUCUGUACCCCACACAUACAAUUAUCUGUAAGGUCCCUCAGUCGAGCAGUGAAUUUCAAACACUGAUUCAACCACAAAAGACCAGGGAUGUUUUCCCAUGCCUCGCAAAGAAGGGAUGGGUAAAAAAAAUAAAGCAGACAUUGAAUAUCCCUUUGAGCAUGGUGAAGUUAUUAAUUAAACUUUGGAUGGUGUAUCAAUACACCCAGUCACUACAAAGAUACAGGCGUCCUUCCUAACUCAGUGACAGAGUUUAAUGGCUGGGAUAAACAACAUUGUAGUUGCUCAAAAAUACUAACCUAAUUGAAAAGUGAAAAGAAGGAAGCCUGUAUAACAAAUCACUAAAGUAAUAUAGCAAAAAUGUAUGUCCUGAAUACAAAGUGUUAUGUUUGGAGCGUAUCGAAUGCAACACAUUAUUGAGUACCACUCUCCAUAUUUUCAAGCAUAGUGGUGGCUGCAUCAUGUUAUGGGUAUGCUUGUAAUUGUUAAGGACUGGGGAGCUAAAACCUGGUUCAGUCUGCUUUCCACCAGACACUGGGAUAUGAAUUCAUCUCAGCAGGACAAUAACCUAAAACACAAGGUCAAAUCUACACUGGAGUUGCUUUCCAAGAACACAGUGAAUAUUCCUGAGUGGCCAAGUUACAUUUUUGACUUAAAUCUGCUUGAAAAUGUAUGGCAAGACCUGAAAAUGUCUGUCAAGCAAUGAUCAACAACCAAUUUGACAGCUUGAAGAAUUUUGAAAAGAAUAAUGGGCAAAUGUUGCGCAAUACAGGUGACAAUCCAGAAAUACUCACAACUGUAAUCGCUGCCUGUGAUUCUAACAUGUAUUGACUCAGGGUGUUGAAUACUUAUCUAAUCAAGUGUUUUUAUUGUAUUUUUUUUUGUGCAAAUGAUAUAAUUUUUCUUCCACUUUGACAUUACAGGGUAUUUUGUGUAGAUCGUUGACAAAAAAUGACAUUUAAAUCUAUUUUAAUCCCACUUUUUAACACAACAAAAUGUGGAAAAGGUCAAGGGAUGUGAAUACUUUCUGAAGGCACUGUAUGUAGAGUAUUACAUGGUCAGGAGGGCAAUGGUCACGUUAAUGAAUGAUGACUUUUGUGACUGAAAACCCUUGCUCACUUUCUCUCUCAUUCUGUUUAACUCGAUCAUUGUCCAGGCCAUUAACUAUAAAUAGCCUAAUGUUUCUUUUUCUUUUUAAAGCAUCUUUGAGAUUCUUGACAUGUAAUGAAAAGUGCUAAAUAAAUUAAAUGUAUCAUUCUUUCUCCCUACCCUCCACUCCUCAACAUCCCCCCACCGCUCUCUCACAGGAAAGGCAGUGUUCCUGGCCAGGGACAAGCACCACCUGGCUGACCUGAGCCACCUGAUUCGCCACGACGCUCCCUACCUCUUCCAGGAGUACGUGAAAGAGUCGCACGGCCGUGACGUCCGGGUGGUGCUGGUGGGCGGCCGCGUCAUCGGCUCCAUGCUGCGCUGCUCCACUGAUGGACGCAUGCAGAGCAACUGCUCCCUGGGUGAGUGAUGCUGGACAGAGGAGAGAAGGAUAUUAUUCAGCCACUCUUGGACAAUGGAAGUAAAUUUUUUAUGGUUCUCUAUUAAAACCAACACGGCAUGUAGCCUUCAUCAGGGUUUUACAGACAGAAGAUAAAGGUGGCUGAUGUGAUGCUGGACAGGCAGGUCCCCUAGGGCUGACAGUUGUCACCACGGUGUCUGGACAGGCACCCACUGGUCGGCCCUCUGCAAUGUUUGUCUCCAGUGACUAGGUCUAUAGACUGGUUAUCGCUAGAGAAACCCAAGGUCAGAGUCAAAUAUUUUUUUUUUUUAUGGAGUUCUAAUCUCUCGUGGACAGAUAAAACGGCAAUAAUCUGUCAAGGCUCACGUAGAAUUAUGUGAUUACGAGCAGGAGUAGUUCCUGGUUUUGGGUUUUCGUCGCUGAUUAUUUGGACGCGAAUGCGGUGCUUAAACUGGUGCAGAGAUUUUCAAGCCUGUGUGCGUUUGAUAAACGGUUUCCACUAGAUUCCACAGCCACAAAGUCAAAAUUGUCAGAGAUUCCGUUUUCAACGGAGGAGACUUAGCUUAAAAACAGAACAUUUGAAACUUUCUAACCAGAAUUUUACAUCUGGGUACCCGAGAUUAAUGGAGUUCCAUAAAACAAAUGUUGCUUUGUUGUUAUGUUAUUUUCAAUUAAUGAGAAUUUCUUUAGUUGGCUAAGAAUCAUAUUUUUUUACUCCCGCUGAACAUGCUGAACAUGCUAUUUCCAUUAGUUUUGUUUAUUUUGUUGUUCACAAGAGGAUUCCAAUGGAUUUUGAAGGGUCAUAGUUUGUCUAUGUUAGGAAACCACACCAGAUCAUAGGGGACAGCGAGAGGAGCAGUGCACUUGAAUUUGGCCACAGAAGGACAAUAUAGUUAGUUGUCUUGAACGUGACUUUGCUGUUGAUGACAGACUACGCUUGUCAUAACGUCUGCAGUUUUAGGCUAGCCAACACACUCAUGUCUUGUGACAUUUUGGGGUCAUCAGUCAUCAAUUGUUCCACAGUUAUAUGACAAGUGUCACAUGAUGUUUAUAACAAGAUUUGGUUUGUCUUACGCAAGCAUAGAUUCUCGGUUGCUCCGGCUGGUUCAUAUAGUAGAUGAUGUAUGUGUUUGUCCAUCCUAUUACUAUCUAUUUCUCUAAAAGAAAUACUAAUAAUUCCACAUUUCACAAGAAAUAGUUGUCCUGAGAGUUGGUCACUGUUUUCUCUGUCCUUCUAUCCUUCCUCGGCAUAGAGGCCUCAGAGAAUGUGAAUAAUGUGAAUGUAAGGCACACAGUCCACAGUCCACAGUGAACAGUCCACAGUGAACAGUCCACUGUCCACAGAUAGCGGUGACUGGCGAGUGUGUGUGUGUGGUGACUGAUGUCCCUAUAUUUCAAUUGUGCCCUUCUCUCCUGCAGGCGGCGUGGGGAUGAUGUGCCCGCUGAGCGAGCAGGGCAAGCAGCUGGCCGUGCAGGUGUCCAACAUCCUGGGCAUGGACGUGUGCGGCAUCGACCUGCUGCAGCUCAACGAUGGCUCGUUUGUGGUGUGCGAGGCCAACGCCAACGUGGGCUUCAUCGCCUUCGACCAGGCGUGCGGCAUGGACGUGGCGGGCAUCGUGGCCGACCAUGCCCUCUCGCUGCUGCCCAGCCGCCUCAUGCGCAAGAUGUCGCUGCUCUCGGUGGUGUCCAGCGCCAGCGAGACAAGCAGCGAGCCCGAGGUGUGCCCGGCAGUCAGCAGCGUGCUGCCCGAGGCCGUGUGCAACAUGAGCGUGGGCUCUACUUCUAGCGAGAGCGAUCCAGAGCUGGCCGAUACCACCCCGCAGCCCCCGAGCCGCCAAGCUGGCCCCAGCCCGGUGCUACCCAACCUCCCCGACCCGGCCUACAACUUCAACACCCUCCUUGCCAACGAGAUCAAAUUAUUGACUGAGUGAGCUGGACACAGCCAAGGCGCACACUCACACACUCACACACACUCAAACAUACAGACACACACACACUUACAAACACACACCUGAACAUUUGGCGGUGGACAUUCCUGUUACAGAGCACAAACACAAACUCCUAUACACGUUACACAGGCAGGAUGUUACAUGCAAAAGCAUGAGUUGAACAAACAAAAAUGUAAUGAAAAAUGCCAUGACCACAUAAACUGACAUUACGAACAGACGUAGACGCACGCACCUUCUCAUACUAACUCCCCCCAUAAACACAUAGAGAUCUGAGGCUGCUCCCCUGACUCUUCUCCCCCACUGCGAACAACCCAGUUAGUUUACAACCGCAGUUGGUGGCAGAAGUGGGAUCCAGAAGGUUAGCUGAAUUACUGAAUCUUUUUGUUUUCAAUUGUUUUGUGAGGGUGAGUUGAGCAAGAGUGUUUUUUUGGGAGAACCCUAAAGAGCGUUACAUACACCAGCACAUAGUCAACGGAAAUCUGUCAUCCUAUUGAGCGAACACACACUACAAAACUGUAUAUUGGAGAAUGAGAUUGAUGCGUGGUCGUCGUUGUAGAUCAACCACUGAAGACGUAGCCAGGCUUGAUUUACUGGUGGUGAAAUGAAAUGUUUUGCAUGUGAUUUUCUCCAUGACUGGGAGAGGGGUACGCACACAGAGGACUAGAUAGACUGCCCACCAGCUCCAUGUAGCACAGGACAGACAGAGGACACUGUCACAGGGACUAUUAAGUGCAGAUUGGGGCCAGUUCCAUUUUCUACCUCAGUUAAUUCUGGAAAUGGGAUGAUUUGAAAAUCAUAAAAUAAAAAUUG